CUGGCGGUCACAGUUGCGCCCUGGAUUGUAGCAGAGAGAGUUCAGCCCUCCUGCAGCCUGUUAGCCCACCACCAUGGAUGUCAAACUGCUGGCACUGAUGGCUCUGCUGGCCGUGGCCACACAUGUACCAACCUCCAACGCAAAGCCCAUCAGUCUGGUAGAGCGGUGCUGGUGUCGUUCCACCCUCAACACGGUUCCGCAGCGCUCCAUCAAAGAGCUCAAGUUCCUCCACACGCCCAACUGCCCCUUCCAAGUCAUUGCCAAGCUGAAGAACAACAGGGAAGUCUGCAUCAACCCGGAGACCAAGUGGCUGCAGCAGUACUUAAAGAACGCCAUUAACAAGGUGAAGAAAUCACGAAGACGCAAUAACAAGAAAAACUAAACACACAGGAAGACAAGUAUGUCGUCAGGCCUGGUGUCCCAGGGUCGAACCUGUAUACCUCCCUGUCACUGCUAUGGAUGUAUGUAAUCACGCUGUAUGUACCCGUCCACCUCUCUGGACUGCUUGCAGAACCAGCACUUCACCGCCAAACUGUGCCGUCCCCAGCACCACCACCACCGACCCCUCUGGACACCCACGCAGUCACCUCCAACUCUCCAUGGUAGCAGCAAGUGCAAUUAUACCUUGGGAUGACGGGACACAUUCUCACAUCAGAUAUAUAUGUGUGUGUGUGAGCACUGGGCACAAGAGCGAUUGUGUGUGUGUUUGAAUGUGCAACAUAUGAACUCUUUUGUGUGUCAUAUAUAGAAUUUUCUUACUUCACACAGCCAGAGAGGAACAAAAAGCUUUCUGUCCCAUGCAAGGCUUUGUGGGUAAUGCCACCUUCAUGUCACAUCAGAAAAAAUAUUUACAUCAGCCUCCCAGGAGGAAUAAUGAUUGGGAUUUUCUUGGCUGGUCAUGUCCUGUAUAUUAAAUUGUGCAGUUUUGCAAACUGAAGAAGUGUUUAAUUUAGAAACAUCAAAGGUCAAUACACCCAAUUCAGUUAUUUUCACAGUAAUAUCUCCACUUGUGCUGCGUUAACAUGGAGUCAGGGAGACGGUAGACGGCAUACCGCAUAUUAUUUUACAUUUUUUAAAUUAGGUGAGGCUGGCAGAGAAUACUGGCAAUGGACACAGUAGACAUAAUUUCUGUCCAAAGCUAAAAUAUUGUCUCUCUGACUCCAUGUGAAUGUAGCAUUAUGAGUUACAGAUUUAAAUGUAAAAGUUUUCUCUGAUAAGAAGUGAAAGUGGCAUUACUCUAUCACUGAGAGGACCUGGGGCAGUAACAGGGGCUGGCCAAUGGGGGUGAACCCCUCACAAGUAGUGACCAAUCAGGGCAGACGAUAUCAGAACAGAAUCUUGAGUCGUCUUCAAGAUUCGAGCUCCACCAACAGCAACAAAACGGAGGCUCACACACACUGCUAAGAAGCAAGCACUGAUGUUGUGGUGCUAUAUAUCCAGUUUAAGGGGUCAGAGCCAUUGACAUAAUUAUAUUCCACUGUUUAUGUUUAUGCAAGAUUUAAGAUGGGAUGUUGUGACCCCUGUGUGUUAUAUACAAACACUACUAUGUUUUUUUAACCAGUCACAAAAUAUUUAAAGCGCUGUUAUAAGAGUCUGAAGUGGAAAAUGAAAUGGAAAGCUGAUGUUAUGCCAAGGCCAUACUGUACUGAUAAAUACUAUAAGAAAUGAAACACUUAUCAAUGCAUCUUUUUUUAUGUUAUUGAACAUAUCAGUUAACUGAGACCAAACAUGCAACAUGAAGAAACCUGUGAAACCUCAGAAAGCACGACUUUAUAUUCCAUUUACUGUCAGAAAAAAGGAGAAGAUCAUCAUCAUUCUUUUUUUUUUUUUUUUUUUUUUACACCUCAUUAAGGGACUGUGGGUAAAUGUAUGUCAUGACAAGAGAACAAUUCAACUGCAGUAUUUUCAUACCAACACCUGUCCUUGGUAGGAAUGAAAAGCUAAUAAGUUGUCACAUUAAACAUCUGAGUGAGAAAUGGAACAUGGGGAAUAUUCACGGUGGCGAAAAGAAAGUUUUUGUUAAUCCGUUUUUUAUAUAUAUAUUUGAGCCACUUUAUUAUCAGAUGUGUCUUUUAAAUGUAAUUGUUUUAUUUUUAUAUUGUGUAUAAUCUUACUAAAUGCUUCUUUUCUAAUGCAAUGUACAGUAGGUGGUAGCUACUAAAUGAAGGCUAGUCCAUAAAAUGCAGGAAACAGUGUUACGCUUCAUUUUUAAGGUUUUAUGCAAUAUUUCACAUGUAUGUAAUGGUGUUACUACACAGUAUGCAAUGUUAAGGACUUUUUUAAAAAUAAUUUUUUACAGUGUAAAUAAAAAGAGUAGCAGCCCAACACUUCAAAUAUCUUCCUCCUGGUUUUAUGUUCUGUCCAUCCUGUUUCCAUAUCAACUGAUCCGAGAUGUAACAACAGUGAACUGAAUAAAAUCUGUGAGGUUCAGCACACAGUGAUUGAAAACAAAAGCCACUGUCAUUGUGUUACAUGAGUCAGGAAACUAUUCAGCCCACCAGUCGUCCCCACGAACACUUGAUUUGAUUUUUUAUAGUUUUACUGAGGUUGAUGGACGAUGUGUCAAUAGCCACGGAGCCAAAACAGAACAAAACCUUUGAGUCGAGAUCCAAGCGCCCAACAUGUGCUUUUAAUCUGGACACUCCCAGCACCCCACGGGCUUUCUUUUCACUUUCACUCAACUGUUGCAUAUUUUAUUUUUCCUCUCAAAUCGUAGUGGAGGUCAUGUUGGCUGUGGUCAAAUCCAUGGUCUUUGUUUUGCUUUACAUGGUCUGUUUGCUAAGUGCCUGAUCACAGGUGAUACUCAUAUCAAUUUGCAGCUAAUGGUGCAAUAAUCAUAUAAGUGUAAUUCAUUUCCCAUUAAUGUAAUAGAAGUUAAUGCACAUUCAUUUUAUAUUAUUAUACUCAUUUGUUUAAACACGUGGCUAAGUAAGAUAAAAAUGCUCCAGUUUCCACAUGCACUGAUAUGCAGUGAUAAAAGUCUGACUUUAUUCUUUGUGUAAAUUCAUCACAAAACCACCAGCCAUGCACAUUAGUUUAUUAACUAUAGAGUUACAUCCAGAAAAAAUGUGUAACUUUUUAAUAUAUAAUGUGAUAAUUAUCUCAAUAACAGGAAAAAUAUACUGCAUUACAUGUUGUAAAACGUAACUAACCACUCACUUUCAUUACUGAUUAUGUUCAUUUGUAGUAACAGGUCUUUAGUUUUAUUAAUCAGACAUUAACUCCUUUUAUGUUUAGUGCUGUGGCCCCUGCAGUGCUAGCGCCACUCUCACUGAACCGUCACUGCAGAGAAUAUUUCAUGUGAUUAAACUGUGUCAGACAAAUACAAAGUGUAGACUCCUUCAUCAUGGUGCAAACAGAGCUUUUACAGAAUGUUUCUGUGUUCAUUAUUGGGACCAAAUUCACAUUCAGGUUCACAUUUAUCGCCAUUCGUGUGUCGAUAAAGCCAUCAAAGUGGGUGCAUGUGUUUUCCUUUGGUCUCCAAGACAAUGUGAAAUCUUUCUUUUGAGGCAGCUUCUGACACAUAUCCUUCAUAUACGUGAGAUGUAUUAGAGUAUUAUUAUCUGUAUUGUCACUGUUUGUAAAGCAAGAGGCAGUAUUUUAGCUACGAUACUCAAGCCCUUUUUCAAUAAAGUCAUAUGAAAUUAAAUCAG